CAACAAAAACAACUCUUGAUGAAAUAUUAAAUUAAUUAAAUUUUAAGGAUAUGGCAGAAAUCAACAUAAUUGAUUUACAUGAAGAAAUUCUCGAAAAAAUAAUUUUUCACGCAUCAAAUAGGAAAAUUAAGGAACUGACAGAAGUUUGCACAAAGUUUAAUGGUGUAAUCGGCUCAAGUGCCAAAUUAAUGGAUAAAUUCGUAAUCGUAUGGAAGGAAGUAAAGUUUAAGGAUGUCAAGCCACUCCUUUUGAGCAAGCGAAAGUACAGAAACAUUGAAAUCGAAGAGAUUGGACUAAAUCAAGAUCUAGUGCAUUUUCUCAACUCGCACAGCUCUACAUUAACUGAGUUAUCAAUAAACAACUCCUCAUUAUCAAUAUUUGACUGCGAAUUGAUAUUCAAAAUUGUUGGAGAUAACAUUUUGGAUUUAAAGCUUUAUGGCGUCAACAUUUGGGGCGAAAAGGAAACAGUUCCAGUUAAUUUUCCAAAAAUGGAAUCGCUCUAUUUAAAUGCUACUAGGCAUGAUAAAAUGUCAUUAAUCUUCAAUUUCUUUAUUGGUGCAAAUACUGAUAUACUAAUUUACCGAGAAUCUCGAAGUUUAGAUGAACAAGAAAUCACCGCACUUUCUCAAAUGAUUGCAAGUUUCCACAAAUUGGCUGUACUGGAUGUUGGUAUUUUUGAGCUGCAGUUAUUUGAAAAUGAUUUCCUGACUAAGAACGCCAAUUUUAAGCUGGAAAUAUGCAAUCUGCUGGUUUUUAACGUUCUUUAUGGCAGAUCAGAAGAGUUUAUCAACAGAAGAUACGUUCAUUUGCUAAGUUUCUUGAAAAGUCAGCGAAGCAAUUUAAAUGAACUUAAUAUAACUAAUCUUCCGAUAACAUCCGACGUCAUUGAAUGCAUUCAUGAUUUGGAAAAUCUACAGGAUCUUACUAUUCACAGCUAUUCAUCACAUUUUAUUCAAAAACCAUCCAAGACAAAUACAUCCAUUAAAAAUCUUACGAUUAUUCUAGAUUGUACUCGUGUUAAUCCUAUUUGUGAAAUCAUUUCAAGUUGUGCUGAUAUUCAACAUCUAACUGUCGUGUACAGUAGCUUCACAUUUGACUUGGCACUAUCGAUUGUCAAUCAUUUAAAAAACUUACAAAAAAUUGUAUUUAAUAAGUUAAUUCAUAUCUUUCCAAUGACAAUUCCAACAGUCACAUCAAUGGAUUUCAUUGAUAUUAUGAACAUUGAUAGCAUAAUUAGAGUACUUCAGGUCAAUCGUCAACUUAAAUUCAUUAAAAUUCCACGAAUUCUUGAGACUCAUCCUAAAUAUGAAAUUGCUAUGGACGGAUUGGAUCUGGAAACAUUAGAGUUCAAUUAAGAUUAAGAAACAUUUAAAUCAAAAUAUGUUUUUGGAAAGAUUAAUAAAAUUG